AUAUUUAUGAAUACUCAACUAGUCUGAAGAUAUAUUUAAAAUUCCCGCCAUUUGUGCAUUAAUGGCGAAUUUGUGAGUGUCAUUCUUUUAGACUAAUAAAACAAUUUAGAUUUUAUAGAGUUUGAAUAUGGAUAAAAUAAUUAAAGGAAUAAUGAAAUAUAGAAAGUGCCAUAGGGAAGAAAUGGUGAAACAAUUUCAAAAAGUUAAAGACUGUCCUGAACCAAAAGCAGCAUUCUUUACCUGCAUGGAUUCCCGGAUGAUUCCAACUAGAUUUACGGAAACAAAUGUUGGAGACAUGUUUGUUGUAAGAAAUGCUGGUAAUAUUAUUCCUCAUUCUCAGCAUUUUGAGGACGAGUUAGCAAUGUGUGAACCGGCAGCCUUAGAACUUGUUUGUUUGAUGAACGAAAUAAAACACAUUAUAGUUUGCGGCCAUAGCGAUUGUAAAGCUAUGAAUAUGUUAUAUUCUUUGCGUGAGGAAGAAUUAGCAUCGAAAGUAAAUAGAAGGAUAUCGCCAUUAAAAGCAUGGCUUUUUGCACAUGCUAGUAGUAGUUUAGCGAGAUUUCAACAGCUUGAAAUCACUGAUUUCCGUGACCCGAUACUUUUUCAAGGUGAGACAUCUUUACGAAAAUUUGUGGCUUAUAUUGAUCCUGAAGAUAAAUUCAGCGUAGAAGAUAAAUUAUCUCAAAUAAAUACCUUACAACAAUUACAAAAUAUAGCUUCUUAUGGAUUUUUAAAAAAACGAUUGGAAAGACAUGAUUUGCAUAUUCAUGCACUAUGGUUUGAUAUUUAUACUGGUGAUAUUUAUUAUUUUAGUAGGGCAAAUAAGAAAUUCAUAGAAAUAAAUGAAUCAAGCGAAAAAUCUUUACUUACAGAAAUUAAAAAAUAUUAUUCUUAAAUUUUUUAAAUCAAAAUUAUCUCAAUUUAUAUUAAUAUCAAUAUUUUAAUAUUUAUAAUUUAUAUUUUUUUUAUAGAAAAUCAUUUUUUGGUUAAAACUGAAUUUGAUUUAUUGAAUCUCUUAUUCCAAUUUGUUGAAUCUCUAUUAAUCCAAUAAUUUUAAAUAUAGUUAAUAGUUAAAUAUUUAUUGAAAUCUCUUGUUAUGUAUCUAGAUAUGGAAAUUAUAAAUUGAUUUUUAUUAUUUUCAUUUAUUAUCUUUUUUUUUUUUUUAACUAUUAAUUUUUUAUAUUAUAAUU